UAGUUUCAUUGAAAAUUUAUAUCUAAUUUAUAAUCUGAUUAAAUAAAAUACCUCAUUAUGAUUCUUAUUGUUAGUUGAGAUACAAAUGUCUGCACAAAUACCACUUAUGGACCGGAUUGAUCGGUCCGUGCUAGUGAUGUCACAUUACGCGCAUCGUGCGGAUCUUCUCUGGAAUGAUGCUACAUCCAUGGAUGAGAAGUUGAGGUGUAAUAUAUAUUGUUCAAUGGUGUAUAAAGACGGCCCGCGUCACCCAGGAGUGGUAGCGUUGAUGAAGACCGCCGGAUUUUAUGUACACAUCUUUCAACCUACUUACCUACCCUAAUAAUUUGUAAGCAACGUUCAUUUUUUUUACAAUCACUUAUUAUUCGAAAUAAUUUCAACCACUUGCUCCCAACCACUUCCACCCAUCUAAACCCACUCCCAACCACCAAUAAUUUUGAUCUAAAAAAAUAUCUCGGGUACAAAAGUGUACAGAUUCCUACCACUUUAAAUUAAAUCUAUCAACUUUUACUUUUUUCUGGCAGAUUCCCUAUCACUUCGGGAACCAAUAAAUUGUACACAUAUUUCAACCUACCCCAAUAAUGCAGCACUGUUAAUAGGAAAAAACGAUGGCUUUAACGCUAUAGAUGAACGUAUUGCCGAAGAGUGUGCGCAGAGAGGUUUUGGAGAAAUUAUAUCCAUUCACGAAAAACUACCAAAGUACAAAAAUCGUGCGUAUUGCGGCAUCAAGACAUUGGCCCAUCCAUGAUGAUGAUACUUGGAAGCACUUUUUCCCACUUGCUAAAAUAGAAUAUGAAGAAUUGCAUAUUUUUCUGGAUGCACGGAGCACCACUAUUGUCCAACCACAAAUAUCAACAUAUGGAGGAAGUGAUGCCCACAAUUGUGAAACUUUUCACAACAUCCACUCCCACGAUGACAGACCAUCAACGAGAUACGGCGGACGCUAUAACCCGCAUAUUGUUGAACAAGAAGAUGACCAUUCAACAACAUAUGAAGAGGAAGAUGAUUCAGAUUAUGAACAAUUUUCUGGAGAUGACGAUGCAACAACAAAUUCCGACAAUAAUGAUGUCGCUCAUGACACAUCAUGGGCCGAUAUUGAACUGGAACAACCAUAUGUUGAACCAGCAAAUCGUGAAAGUGACAUAAUUGUGGUCGGCAAAAUAUAUGAUUCAUACGACUCACUGAAAGAAGCCGUAGCCAAAGAAAGUAUUUGGCAAAACCGAAUUUUUAGGACUUUUGACAAACGUGACAGACCGUGGAAGGCAGUUUGCAUCUAUGAUGAAAUGUGUACGUGGCACAUUCAGGCGGGAAACCUUCUCAACACCAAUUUAUGGAGGGUGAAAAAAUAUCAACCACUACACAACUGCAGAGUGGAUUAUAAAAGAGCUCCUAAUGACAGACGGAUGACGAGCAAGUUCAUAGCGACUGUAACAUUAAACCCGUGAUCCAAGACAUAUACGACAAAUUCAGAAUCAAUGUCAAGUACAAAAAGGUGUGGUAUGGACGUUUGAUCGCCCUUAAGCGAAGAUUCGGUAACUUGGAGGCGGCCUACAAUAAUUUACCCAAUUUGUUGCAUGCGAUAAGUGCAUCAAAUCCGGGAUUAUUGGUAGAUUUCUAACCAAAACCAACUGAUCACGCCGGUACAUAUGAAUUUCACCGUGCGUUUUGGGCUUUCAAAGCUUCCAUUGAUGGGUUUAAACACUCUCUGCCCUUACUAUCUGUAGACGGUACUCACUUGUAUGGAAAGUUCAAGGGCCAUCUCUUGGUUGCAGUCGCCAUGAAUGCUAACCGUGAGAUUUUCCCUCUCGCCUACGCAAUCGUGGAAAGUGAAAACACAGAUAGUUGGUCUUGGUUUUUGGAACACGUUAUGACUUAUGUUGUCAGACCAAAUCAACAUGUAUGCAUAAUAUCAGACCGCCAUCCCGACAUCCUAAGUGCCUAUCGAUCAGUACCUCAAUUGAAAACCUCCCAAGUUUCAAAGCGGUUCUGCCUCCGACACAUUAGGAGCAAUUUCAUGACAAAAUCCAGGAGCACUGAACUGAAAAAGCUUUGUUGGCAGGCCGGGAGUACACCCAUGGUGAGUAAAUUUUACCAAACAAUGGCUCAAAUUCGUGCUAGGAAUUAGAAUGCGUUCACGUAUUUGAACGAUAUUCCACAUGAAAAUUGGGCACUGUGCUUUGAUGACGGACAUCCGUGAGCUUCAAUAAUGUCCUAAAGGGAUGUCAGACACUUCCAAUCACCGCGCUUGUUAAGGCAACUUAUAACAAAGUUGUGCAACUAUCUGCCGACCGACGUAGGGCCGGUCAGAUGUGGCGGCAAGUUGGGUUCCUCUAUCCGCAAAAUAUAUGGAAAGAUAUUCUUGAACGUUCACAGCAAAGACAUCAGUGCACUAUAGUCCCGCAUAACCGAACAACGGGAAUAUAUUCUGUUUCCAUUCGUGAUUAUCCGCCAGUAACAGUAAAUCUCUCACAUUGCGAAUGUGAUUGCGGUUUUUGGAAGCAAAAUGGAUUUCCAUAUGUUCACGCCUAUGCGACAUGUCAUUUCUUAGAAAUAAUUGUAGAUCAUCUCAUCCCGGACGUGUAUAAAUUAGGUGCCUACAUCCGUACGUAUGCUAUGGAUAUUAUGCCUAUGCAUGACGUAAGUGCGAUGCCUGAUACCGGAUAUUUAGUGAUACCGCCUCAAAGUGCUAGGCGCGGUCAAAGCGGUAGGCCUCAAAGGAGCAGAUUUACAAAUGAAAUGGAUAUGCGUCUGAGUAGGAGAGCACAAGAGUAAAAAUUUAUAUGUAUUUUGUAACGCUUUUCAAUGAAUAAAAAUUUGUAUUUCUUUGUCAUGUUGUUGUUAUAGAUGAAAUGAGUAAUGAAAUAUUUAUAUUAUUAAUUUUUGCGGGAACAUUG